UGGUCGUUAGGCUCACGCGCAGUACGGAAGUGUGCCCGGGCAACCGGAAGCCACGGGAAGAGAGCUAUGGCGGGUAUGAAUGUGAGAGAUCCAGCGAUAGACCGUUCUCUACGUUCGGUGUUCGUGGGAAACAUUCCAUAUGAAGCUACUGAAGAGCAGUUAAAGGACAUCUUUUCUGAGGUUGGACCCGUUGUUAGUUUCAGGUUGGUAUAUGAUAGGGAGACAGGAAAGCCAAAGGGUUAUGGCUUCUGUGAAUACCAAGACCAAGAGACAGCACUUAGUGCCAUGAGAAACCUGAAUGGGCGUGAAUUCAGUGGAAGAGCACUUCGAGUGGAUAAUGCUGCCAGUGAAAAGAACAAAGAAGAACUGAAGAGCCUUGGCACUGGUGCCCCUGUCAUUGAGUCACCUUAUGGAGAGACCAUCAGCCCUGAGGAUGCUCCUGAGUCCAUUAGCAAAGCAGUUGCCAGUCUUCCACCGGAGCAGAUGUUUGAGCUGAUGAAACAGAUGAAGCUUUGUGUCCAGAAUAGUCCCCAGGAAGCACGGAACAUGUUGCUCCAAAACCCUCAACUGGCUUAUGCUUUGCUACAAGCACAGGUAGUGAUGAGAAUUGUGGAUCCAGAGAUCGCCCUGAAAAUUCUGCAUCGCCAGACAAAUAUCCCAACACUGAUGGCAGGCAAUCCUCAGCCAGUCCACAGUGCUGGGCCUCCCUCAGGAGCCGGUGUGCCAAUGAACCAGCAGAAUCCUCAGGCCCCUGGGGCCCAGCCUAUGGGUGGCAUGCAUGUCAAUGGUGCACCUCCUUUGAUGCAAGCUUCUAUGCAGGCUGGAGUUCCAGCACCAGGACAAAUACCAACUGCUGUAACAGGACCUGGCCCUGGUGCCUUAGCUCCCGGUGCAUAUGUUGUUCUUUUGAUGAAAAGAGAAGAAUUUCUAUGUGGAAAGGGCCAGACAAGGACUUGUGGAGGGAUGCCGGCCCAGGUUGGAAUGCCAGGAAGUGGACCAGUGCCCAUGGAACGAGCACAAGGAACCCUACAGCACUCGCCUGUGGGACCCGCCGGGCCUGCAUCAAUUGAGCGAGUUCAAGUGCCGAUGCAAGACCCCAGAGCAGCUAUGCAGCGUGGGCCCUUGCCUGCCAACGUCCCAACUCCUCGAGGUCUGUUAGGAGAUGCUCCAAAUGACCCACGUGGGGGCACUUUACUUUCUGUAACUGGAGAGGUAGAGCCUAGAGGUUACCUGGGACCACCUCAUCAGGGUCCACCCAUGCACCAUGUCCCUGGCCAUGACAGUCGUGGCCCGCCCCCACAUGAGAUGAGGGGAGGGCCAUUAGCCGAGCCCAGACCUCUAAUGGCAGAGCCAAGAGGACCCAUGCUAGAUCAGAGGGGUCCACCUUUGGAUGGCAGAGGUGGAAGAGAUCCCCGAGGCAUGGACACACGAGGGAUGGAGGCACGAGCCAUGGAGGCAAGAGGAUUAGAUGCCAGAGGAUUGGAGGCCCGUGCGAUGGAGGCACGUGCAAUGGAGGCCCGUGCGAUGGAGGCCCGUGCAAUGGAGGCCCGUGCAAUGGAAGUCAGAGGGAUGGAGGUCAGAAGCAUGGAUCCAAGGGGCCCAGUCCCUGGCCCUAGAGGCCCUAUACCUAGUGGAAUCCAGGGUCCCAAUCCAAUUAACAUGGGGGCAGUUGGCCCCCAGGGAUCCAGACAGGUCCCAGUCAUGCAGGGGGCAGGCAUGCAAGGAGCCAAUAUGCAGGGUGGAGGCCAGCCUGGUGGCUUUAGUCCUGGCCAGAACCAAGUCACUCCACAGGACCAUGAGAAGGCUGCUUUGAUCAUGCAGGUUCUUCAACUGACUGCAGACCAGAUCGCCAUGCUGCCUCCCGAACAGAGGCAGAGUAUCCUGAUCUUAAAGGAACAAAUACAGAAGUCCACUGGAGCACCUUGAAAGGUUUUCAAAAAUACCUGGCAACAAAUAUGGAAAAUAAUUCCAUAACUUUGUUGAAAUGUUGCAAAAAGAUGACUUCUACAUCCUAAUCCUUGAAUGACUCAAAUUGGUGCCAGGUGGAGGAUUCCCAUCACCUCUCUCAGAACAAAACUAGAUCAUUCUGUUGUCUUAGUUUAUAUAUUUUCUGUGACUUGAAAUAAACUUUGAACACAGUUUUAGUAUAA